GUCAAAUAUUCAAAUGAGAGAUUUUAAUAAUUGAUCCCAGGAAAAUAUAUAUAUAUACACAUAUUUUUCUUGAAGCAAAAAAUUUCAUAAUACUAUCGAAAAAGAAAGAAGCAAAAUAUAAAAAAACGUUUUGAAUGGAAGCCAAACGAAGCAAUUUUCAAAGUGUACACAAGCUGCAUUCGUCGAAAACGCAAAUUCCGAAAACGGCUAGCGAAGUGAGCCUUACUCCCAGUCAGGUUGCAGAACAGGCUAAAAUAAAUGAGCGAAAGAAUCCGUUGGAUGCAUUAAGUCGCUUAUCAUUAAGGGAUCAAGGUGUAGAAAAACGUUCGGGUCUACAAGAUGUUGAUGCUGAAUACUUGAAAAAAAAUUUAUUUUCCCGUUCAAAUUUAAGCAAGCAUUCGGGACUGAACGACUCUUAUGAACACCAUGGUCAUGCCGUUUCGUUGGCGCAAGAUGAUGCUUCUCAUGCACAAAUGGAACAGCUUCACGCAAAACCGUUGUCCACGUCGUAUAUAUCGCCAGAUCAGCCAACUUCUCAGUCGACUCACCCUCAUCAGCCACCAGAAAUUGUACCACAGCAACCUAUUCAUCAGUCACAUACAUCAUCACCCAUGCAAUGUAAAAAUCAGUUGUACAAAGAACCCCAUUUAUCGCAGAUGCCGUCAUCAGUCGAACCUCGUAAUCAACAACGACUGCCCACGCAAUCACGCUUAACACCUGUAGCCGAACCUGAACUCUGCACUACCUGCCCAAACUGUCAAACCACGAUUUAUCUUACUCGAGAACACGAGGCAAGCGGCGAAGCUGCACAAGUUUAUAACUCAAACCACCCAGAUAUCACUAGCAGCACACCUGUUAAUUAGGACGCUUUUUUAAUAACUCAUUUGUAUGUAUACUAAAUUUCUUGUAAUAUAAAUGACUUAUGUAAUGUAACAAAUGUAUUCGAAAAAAAUUCCUGUAAAUUAUUUGUAUUUUUCACAAUAUAACUUGUCACGCUGAGCUUAGAUGAAGUUCAAACUAAAAGUCAUGACCUCCCAGUUUA